UAAAUAAAUCUAUCAUUCUCAAAAUAGAAUUUCCAUUUCCAAUUUCAGCUAACACAAACAUCCAAGCAUUCUUCUGACCAUCACAAAUAUCCUCCUUAACAAUUUCAAGGUCUCCAAAUGGGAGAAACCUGUUAAUCCCGUUUAUUUUCCUCAUUUCAACUCCUCGAAUCUGCAGUAGUUGCAUACGGGUUUAAUCGAUGUAUACCGUUACGAAUCGAUUCAGUUUCUAAUAAACUCAUCAAGAAAAUCACGCGGGUAAUCCCUCUUAACUGUACAAAUCUCUGCACGUGAUUGGAAAAAUUGUGUCCGGAGGUGUGAACCACUGAAGUAUUCGAUCGAGCGAUAAAAAAAUAAUAUCGGUAAAUAAUAUCGAGAGUUGUUGAUAAUAUUGCUUUAAUGUUAAUUACUUACAGUUGUAGAUAAUAUCGUGCCGUAAAAAAGACAAUGUAAACAAUUUGUACUCUGUAUUAUCAAACAAUUCGAUAACAUGCAAGCGUGAAGUAUAUAAAUGACUCGAAUGAUAGCCUGGUCCAUUUAUGUUCCUCAAACAGAAACAUGUUCAACACACUGUGGUUGGGGUCUGGUGUGCUUCUUUGCGCUUUGAUUUCCGCGAGGGGCGAAUUGGUGAAGGAGAAUGAGAAAUACCUACAUUUCCCCCCAAACUUUCUCUUGGGAGCUGCGACAGCGGCAUAUCAAAUAGAAGGAGCCUGGAACGUGAGCGACAAAGGCGAAAGUACUUGGGAUCGAUUCAGUCAUACAAAGGGUAACCAUGUUUACCACAACGAAACCGGGGAUGUUGCGGCCAACUCUUAUUACAAGUACCACGAAGACAUCGCCAUUCUCAAGCAACUUGGGUUCAAGGCCUAUCGUAUGUCCCUGAGCUGGCCCCGAAUCCUCCCAACAGGCUUCUCGAACAAGAUCAGCAAGGAUGGCAUCGAAUACUACCACAAGGUGAUCGACGCCCUGUUGGCGAACGGUAUCGAGCCCAUGGUCACGCUCUAUCACUGGGACCAUCCCCAAGUUUUAGAAGACGCAGGUGGUUGGUUAAACUCCGAGAUGGUCGAAUGGUUCGCCGAUUACGCGAGGGUGGUCUUCAACGAAUUUGCACCGAAGGUGAAGAAGUUUAUCCCCGUAAACGAGCCGCAGGAGAUCUGCAGAAAUGGCUACUCUUAUGGGUAUCAUGCUCCCGGUAAAAGGUUGCAUGGUAUCGGCGAAUAUCUUUGCGUUCACAACGUGCUGAAGGCACAUGCCAGAACUUAUAGAAUCUACGAAAAAGAAUUUAAGAAACAAUACAGGGGUGAAGUUGGUGUACUGAAUAAUGUUUUGGGUUAUAUACCGAAAACGCCUAACGACGAAGUAGCUGCGGAGAUCGCAUUCCAGUUCAAUGGCGGGUGGAUAUUGAACCCGGUGCUUUCGAAAAAGGGGGACUACCCAGCUGUCAUGAAGGAGUUCAUUAAACAAAAGAGUCUCGCACAGGGAUACAGCAAGUCACGUUUGCCUGAGUUUGAUGCCGAUUGGAUCGAAUAUAUACGAGGAACAGCUGAUUUCUUGGCUCUGAACCACUACUCCUCAAAACUGGUAGAAAAUGGCACCUUCGGAGAAAUCCCCUCACAAGACAACGAUCAAAUGGUUGUUUUCUCCGUAGAUGAAUCCUGGAAUUCUUCAGCCUCAGCCUGGUUGAAAGUUAUGCCUGAAGGAUUCGGACUGAGUCUGCGCAAGUUGCAGGAACAUUACGGAAGUAUACCUAUAUACAUCACCGAGAAUGGUUUCUCUGACCAUGGAACGAUCGAUGACUAUGACAGGAUCGAAUACUAUCGCCAGUACUUAAAACAGAUGCUCCUCGCCAUGUAUGUCGACGGAGUUAACGUGCAAGGAUACAUAACGUGGUCUCUCAUGGACAACUUUGAAUGGAACAGAGGAUACCACGAACGCUUCGGCAUCGUGUCGGUUAACUUCGACGAUCCGAACAGGCCGCGAACUUUGAAGAAGUCGGCGCUGUGGUGGCAGAAAGUUAUCAGCGAAGGAAAACUCGACGUCACGUUGUAAUAACAUGAACUACAGGAAUUUGUAAAUAAUCAUUUAUUUCAAAUUUCAUACGCAUGUACUGAUCACUCAAUAAAAUAGUAUUUUCGUCCGUUA